GCUUUUCAAGUCCAUAUGAUUUUGCUUUGGAGAAAUUUACCAUCCAGUGGUUUAUUUCAAUCAUACAUAUCGACACAUGAAAUGGUCAAAUAUUGAAGGGGAAAAAAUUCGCAUUUUGAUGUUGGUGCGACUUUUCUCCAUGCCAAAGCUCAUGGGCCAGCAAUUCAGCCCAAUAAACGGACAACAGAGAGCGUCCACCCCCAGCGAGGCCCAUACCCAACCUUAUUUGUUUCGAAUUGGGCCCUAGUAAAGGAACUCGGCCCGAGUGAUAAGGCCCAAAAGCGAAAUAGGCUUCUUUUUUUUAUAAUGGAAAUGAAAUAGGAAGUUGAUGUCAGCCGGAGUUCUCUGGUCUCUUAUCGGAAGAAACGAAGAAGAGAGAACAAUGGUAAGCAGAGGUUUGCUACUCUUCAAAGCUCCAUCGCCGAAGCACCUCUUCUUCUCUCCGAAAUUUCCUUUCCAUCGCAAUAUCUUCAACGGAGUUCGUAGCUGCUCAACAACAAAUACCGUAUCGUCUCUUCAACUACCGACGUGCAUCGUCUGGCUGAAACUGCCCGUACCACUCUCACUCCGCGAGAGGUCGAAGAAUUUGCGCCCAAAAUUCGGCGAGUGCUGGAUUGGUAUGGAUUUGUUCCCUUUUUCCCAGUGAGCGAUUGUUCAUUUUGCUCCUACUUAUGAAAUACCUGUUAACGAUUUCCAACAAGAAUGUGAUCAUAAUUCGUAAAGGCUCGUGUUAUCUGCAAAUUAAUUACUACUACCUGUUGAUGCAGCUGGUGUGGUGCUAGUGUCUCUCCCCCACAUCAUCGAGAUCAAGGGUUCGAGACACGGAGGCGUUGAUGUCAGGCGAACAAAAACCUGCAUCAACACUACCUGCUGUUCUGCUCUUUAAAAUACAAUAUCGCCGCAGUAAGAGAGUCAAAUUAAGAAAACUAGUGAAUCAUGGAGGGUCUCUUACUAUAGGCGGGCAAUUUUUCUCCUGACAUUUCAGGCUUGAUUAGAUUUCAUAUUGGUUGCAAAGCACGCUCUUCGACCUCUAACUCCUGCACCAUAUAGAGUAUGACCAUCAAGUUAUAAUUUUGUUUUCUUAUCUAGUUUUCUUUCCUUUUUUUUCCAACACAAAUUACCAAGAGUUGGGACCAGGAGAAUAUUCAGGACUUUUGUCUCUACAAUAGUACAAGGGCCACUUUUGGGCCUCGCACUUGCCGGGCCAUGCUAUUUAAGGUUCAUGGACCGACGCAAGCGAACUGUAGAUUUGGGCCGUGCACGGCUGGCCCGGCACACUUUACAUCAUAAAGUAAGUUGACAAGGAAAAUCCCUUCCAAUUUCUUUUUCGACUUCCUCAGAACAGAAGAAACAGGAUAUGUAUUUCGAAGUUGGGACCCGUAAGAGGCCAGUGAAGAAAAUAGAAUGCCAGGUGUAGUGAAUACAUAGGAGCAGGUGUACAGUGAAAUCUCAAAACCAAGGGCAUGGCCCCUCUUGUAUUUACACAUACAAGUUUUCCCACCAAAACAAAAAACAAAAGAGCUGUGCUGCUUCACGUACGUAUUUGCAUGAAAUGAAUGUCUCUUUUAACUUUAAUUUCAUCAUCUUUCUCCCACAUCAUAUUUUUCUAUGUUAACAGCUCUCUAAAACCUCAAAAAUAUAUUUU